AUGGAUUUGACAAAUUUAGAAAUCCAAGAUAUUAAUUUUUUUAAUGAAGAAGAAGAAGAUGAAGAAAUGGUACUUCGUGCACCAAAACGGUAUCUUCGUGAUAAACAAAAUCCAUUCGAAUUUUUUAAUGAACGAGAAUUUAAGAAAAGAUUUCGAUUUUCAAAAGAUUCCGUAAUGCUUGGUAUUUUACCAUUAAUAGAGGAAGGAUUAGUAAAAAUUAACAAUCGCGGUUUGCCAAUCUCUCCGGUUUUACAAUUAUUGAUAUGUUUAAGAUUUUACGCAACAGCAAGCUUUCAGCUCGUGGGUGAUGUAAUACAAAUUUCACAGUCUACAAUAUCACGAAUUAUAUUUCGAGUUUCUUGUUUAAUAGCAAGUAACAUGAAAACAUAUAUAAAAAUGCCAACAUCUGAUCAAGUACGCUCUGAAAACAGACGUUUGUUCAAAGAACUUGGACGUGGUCCUGGGGGGAUUGGUCUUCCUUCGAUUGAUGGAGCGAUAGACUGUUCACAUAUUCGCUUAACUCAUACGAGGUUUCAACAUAUUAAUGAAGUAUAUCGCAAUCGAAAAGGAUACUUUUCUCUAAAUAUUCAGGUUGUUGUUGGACCGCGCACCGAAAUAUUAGACAUUGUUCCAGAAUGGCCUGGGAGUGAGCAUGACAGCCGAAUAUUUCAGAACUCACGCAUAUACAUACGAUACACAGAACGGCAAUUAAACGGAAUGCUCGUCGGUGAUGCUGGAUAUCCCUCAUUACCAUUUUUGCUCACGCCAAUUAAUAAUCCUGUUACUGAUGAUGAAACAAGUUACAACAUAAUCCUUGAUAGGACAAGAGGAAUUGUAAAGAGAACUUUUGGCAUUUUGAAACGUAGAUUUCCGUGCUUAUCAAAAGGAUUGAGCACAAAAUUAUUGACAUCCACAACAAUUAUUGUGGCAUGUGCUGUCUUACAUAAUCUAUCGUUGAUUUUUAACGAUAAGUUAGAAGAAGAAGAUGACGAAGGAGCAGAAAAUGUGAAUGACGAAGUCCCAGUUCCUCAACCUCAUUGGCAACCUGGGGAUGGUUUUAUCAUAAGAAACACUUUAAUUGAACGGCUUUUUAGAUGAUUAAAGGACGUAUGUAUAUAAUAACAU